AUGUCGAAUGAACCGAAUAAUGUAAUAAAUUUGGAAUAUCCGGAUUUUCACCAAAAGUUUAGUAAAAUGGCUUCUUCAACAUCACAAACAAAACCCGUAUGUCGUUUUGAAGACCAUAUCACAACAGAUGACCACCACCAUGCACACACACAUGGUAGUGACCAUUUGCAUUCACACAAUGAGCACGGGCAUACACAUGAACAAUUAGAUACGCCUGGUAGAUUUCAGGAACGAGAACGGCCGAAUUACGAUAAUAGAAAUUGGAAAGAACGCGCAUUUACUGUGGGAAUUGGGGGGCCGGUUGGUUCCGGCAAAACUGCGUUAAUGCUCGCAUUAUGUCGCGAAUUUCGAGACAAAUACUCCAUCGCAGCGGUAACAAAUGAUAUUUUCACGCGUGAAGACACCGAAUUCCUUGUUCGUCAUAACGCAUUGCCGGCCGAACGUAUUCGUGCAAUUGAGACUGGGGGGUGUCCGCAUGCUGCUAUUCGCGAAGAUAUUUCGGCGAAUUUGAAUGCGUUGGAGGAGUUACAUGCGAAGUUUAACACGCAGCUGUUGCUUGUUGAAAGUGGCGGUGAUAAUUUAGCUGCUAAUUAUUCGAGAGAACUAGCCGAUUACAUCAUUUAUGUUAUUGAUGUGGCAGGUGGUGAUAAAAUCCCACGAAAAGGUGGACCAGGAAUCACACAGUCCGAUUUAUUGAUCAUCAAUAAAACGGAUCUCGCCGAGAUAGUCGGUGCUGAUUUGGAUAUAAUGGAAAGGGAUGCGCGGAAAAUGAGAGAAAAUGGCCCAACGUUAUUCACGCAAGUAAAAAACGGAGUUGGUGUUUCUGAAGUGGCUGAUUUGAUCGUUGGUGCUUGGCAAGCAAGUUCUGCCGCUAACAUAUAG